AUGGGUCUGAUGUAUUGUCUGUAUACUGGUCUAAAUGUUGACUAUGGUAUCAUUAUGGUGGAUAGGUCAAAGUUUUCCUUCAUUGGCUCGAUUCCGGAGGUUAUGUUUCGUGAUGUUCCUCCCACCAGUAAAAUUCUAGAGGGUUAUCGUGCUCCUACUCCUUCAGGACCUCAUCCAUUGUCUGAUGAAUUUCAAGAAAUUUUGGCUGAGGCAGAUAAAGCCAAGAAAGGGGGCAGAGGUUCAAAGAAAGCAACCCAGAAAGACACUGCGAAAGAAGGACCUUUUGAGGUUUCCAAACCUCCAUCUAAAAAGUGA